CACAGAGAGUGCUCAGUAAACACUAAAUGAAGCAACUGGGGAGGAGUAGCAUCUGUCAGAAGUAACUGGCAAGAGGCCAGCUUUGUGGUUUUCGACUAUUUGGAUGCCUCUGCCUCAGUGGCUACAUCUGCCUAAUGAGGUGGGACGUCACCUGCUCUGAUGGGGGCUGCCAUUUCUGCCCCUUAUGGAGGACCAUGAACACGGUGUCAUCUGCCAGGGAUUGGAAAUACUCUUCUGUCUCUACAGUUGUGCCAUCUUCCUCCAGCACCAGGAAGAAAGGCUUGUCUGCCAGCAUCAGGGUAUCCUGGACCUGGAGAAUAAGAGACAAUGAUUCCUGUCUUAAUGAUCCUGACAGAGGAGGAAGCCAUGGGACGACGUGGAGGGUCCCCACAGAGAAUGGAGCCUCAUCAGCAUCGGAAACCACAGGAAACCAGGAGGUGCAGCCAUGUUCUGGAUACCCUGACCCCUCGGAAGCCCAUGGGGAGCCCCGGACUGGCAGCCCUGCUCCUGCCUAUCCUCCAGCUGCUCAUUGGCCUGUCUGCCUCUGCUGGUAUUGGCUGCCCCUACCUUCCCAGCUGGAGCACCCUCUGUCUGCUGGCCUCCCACGUGGUAAGGCCCUGUGCCUUCAGGAUGACAGUUUCACUGGAAGGUCCGCCCAGAUUCCUUGCCAUACCCGAUCGGCCUUUACCCCCUCCCCAAAGCCUUGGUGUGCUUGGCUCUGCCACUGUCCCUGCUGUUGGUGCCUGCAUCUGGUGUCAGAUCCUUCGGGUCUUCAGUGGGGCUGGCUCCACCUCCUGGUGCAGAAAUCCAAAAAGUCUUACAAGUUCCGGUUCUGUAAGAGGCACACGAUGCCAGCAUCUGCUCAGACACCUCCCACAAGGGGCUGCGUUCCAAAAGAACCCAACCUGCAGAUCCAGAGAAAGGGGAAGUUCUCUCCAAACGUGGCUCACAAAGGCUUGGAGGUAGGCACAUCGUGUGACUGGAGAUGGUGGAGCCAAGUAGUGGUACCUGGGCUAAGGCCAAAAGACAAGGCCACCAAAUCCCCCUUCUCCCCAGGGCCUGAGUUCUCCUUUGACUUGCUGCCUGAGGCACGGGUUAUUCAAGUGACCGUUCCUCCAGGCCCUGAGGUCAGUGUGCGUCUUUGCCACCAGUGGGCACUGGAGUGUGAGGAGCUGAGCCGUCCCUUUGAUGCCCAGAAAAUUGUGUCUGGGGGCUGCACUGUAGACCUGCCUUAUGAAUUCCUUCUGCCCUGUCUGUGCAUCGAGGUGUCCUACCUGCAAGAGGACACCGUGAGGCACAAAAAAUGUCCCUUCCAGAGCUGGCCUGAAGCCUAUGGCUCGGACUUCUGGGAGUCGGUGAACUUUACUGACCACAGCCAGCACAGUCAGAUGAUCAUGGCCCUGACACUCCGCUGCCCACUGAAGCUGGACGCCUCCCUCUGCCAGAGGCGGGGCUGGCAUACCCUUUGCGAAGACGUCCCCAAUGCCACGGCUCGAGAGUCAGAGGGGUGGUAUGUCUUGGAGAAGGUGGACUUGCACCCCCAGCUCUGCUUCAAGUUCUCUUUUGGAAACAGCAGCCACGUUGAAUGCCCCCACCAGACAUUCGGUGAGCCAAUAAGUGACCCUGGCUGGGACCCCUUCCCACCAUUUCACCCUCAUGCAACUGCGGCAAAGCCAAACUCUAUCCCUGCCCUGACUUCUCUGUCAACUGCAGCCCGGCUCCUAUCACCUCCCACAAAGCAUCAUCUAUUACAUGAUGCCCUUUCCUACCCACUGGCAGCCCCAUCCUGGAACGUGAGCAUGGAUACCCAGGCCCAGCAGCUGGUCCUUCACUUCUCCUCAAGGAUGCCCGCCACCUUCAGUGCUGCCUGGAGCCACUCAGGCUUGGGGCAGGACAGCAUGUUGCCCCCUGUGUACAGCGUCAGCCAGACUCAGGGCUCAAGCUCAGUGACACUAGACCUCAUCGUUCCCUUCCUGAGGCCAGGGGGCUGUGUCCUGGUGUGGAGGUCAGAUGUCCAGUUUGCCUGGAAGCACCUCCUGUGUCCGGAUGUCUCUCAUAGGCUCCUGGGGCUCUUGAUCCUGGCGCUGCUGGCCUUCACCACCCUACUGGGUGUUGUUCUGGUGCUCACCUGCCAGCGCCCACUGUCAGGCCCAGGUCGAGCGCGGCCGGUACUGCUCCUGCACGUGGCGGACUCCGAGGCGCAGCGGCGCCUGGUGGGAGCGCUGGCUGAACUGCUGCGGGCCGCGCUGGGCGGCGGGCGCGACGUGAUCGUGGACCUGUGGGAGGGCACGCGGGUGGCGCGCGUGGGCCCGCUGCCGUGGCUCUGGGCGGUACGGGCGCGCGUGGCGCGGGAGCGGGGCACCGUGCUGCUGCUGUGGAGCUGCGCCAGCCCGAGCCCCGCCGGCGGCCCGGAUGCCCGCGCCGCGCCCCUGCGCGCCCUGCUCCGCGCCGCCCCGCGCCCGCUGCCGCUGCUCGCUUACUUCAGUCGCCUCUGCGCCAAAGGCGACAUUCCUCCGCCCCUGCGCGCCCUGCCCCGCUACCGCCUGCUGCAAGACCUGCCGCGCCUGCUGCGGGCGCUGGACGCGCGGACUUCGACCCAAGCCACCAGCUGGGGCCGCCUGGCGGCCCGGCCGUGCCUGGGGGGUCGCGUGGAGCUGUGCCGCCAGCUGGAACGCGAGGCCGCCAAACUUGCCGAUCAAGGCUGAGCAGAGCUCACCGCAGUCCGGAUGUCUGUGGCCGCAGGCCUAGGGGCACUGGCUGGAAGCCCCGAAUGAGGCUUCUACCCUGGAAUCGUUGGAUGCCUCCUAGGGGCCACUGGCCACAAAGCCUUACGCUGCCUCCCAGCCCGGGAGCAGGGCAUCACACUCACUGUCCCCGCCCGUUCCCCACGUUCCCCCAGGGUCCAGUCUCUUCCUCAUGCUUAUGCUUGAGGGUGCUCUCCCUCAGAACCCCCAGGGAGAGUCACUCUUUCCUGAGAACUCCUCUGACCUCAGUGCUGUUGUGAGUGGGGGAUCGUCCCACCUCCUCUCUCCGAAAUUCCAGAGAAUAGUCUGCACGUGCUCCAGUCCAGGCCAGAGAGGUUGGGACAGGGGUUGGGGAGGCAGGAGCUCUGGCAGCUCUGAGUGGGAGGCGGCUGCAG